AUGGCUGACACUGGAUCGUUUAUUCAUCUGGCACGGCCCUUGGGUCCGGCCACCGUCGGAGUUGCUCCCAGCACUGCCCCUCUCAACGUUGUUAUACAACCACAGGCAAUUUUCUCUAUCCUUGAUCAUUCUUUGCGCCGAAAUGCUGACCAAGAACGCGUCAUUGGCACCCUUCUCGGUACCCGAUCGGAAGAUGGCACCGAAGUUGAAAUCCGCACUUGCUUUGCUGUCGGUCACACGGAGACUACCGAUCAAGUUGAGGUGGACAUGGAAUAUCAAAAACAAAUGCUUGCGCUGCACUUAAAGGCCAAUCCUAAGGAAGUUCUCGUUGGUUGGUACGCCACUUCGUCGGAACUGAACACUUUUUCUGCCCUUAUUCAGAAUUUUUAUGGAGGUCAGGGAGAUGGGACGUGGCCUCAUCCUGCUGUGCACUUGACUGUUUCUACCGAACCCGGAAAAGAUAUUGAAACUCGGACGUAUAUCUCUGCGCCAGUGGGCGUUACUGCUGAGAGAGCAGCUGACAGUGCUGCGUUCAUUCCUGUUCCAUAUGAGAUCCGCUACAGUGAGGCGGAAAGAAAUGGUUUGGAGGCUAUUGCGCAGGCAAGAGAUGCAGAAGACCGGGCAUCCAGUUUAUUUACCGAUAUUGAGACCCUCGAGAAGUCGAUUGAAGAAGUCCUCGGCAUGAUCGAUAGAGUAUCGAAAUAUGUCGAGUCGGUUAUUGAUGAAGAAGCACCCGCUUCAACGGCUCUUGGCCAGUUUUUGCUCAACGCGCUUGCUCUGGCACCAAAGGUUGAUCCGGCCGAUAUUGAAACAACAAACACAUCCAAGACAUCCUCGUCGUUUCGUAUCUCGCAAAUACUAUCCGUACCCAAAUGGAACUCUCCAACCGGCUGGCUACCGCCCAGCUCACCCUUGGAGGUGGCGACAGUACGGCCAUUGGUGGUACAGGUGCUGAAAGCGGAGGUCAGCGUGGUGGCCAGCGCAACAACCGCCAACGAGGCGGCCAGCAACGGAAUCAAGCUGAGGAAUUGCGAGCAUAAUCCACCUAACCGUCAAUCCCUCUUAACGAACGACCUUUAA